AUGCGACGCCACCGUUUCGUUCUGCUGCUCCGCAAGGCUGUCGAGCUCUGCCUGCUGCCGCUGCACGGUGUUCACACAGCUGUGCACGCGGGUGCCGAGGCGCUGCUGCUGGUCCAUCAGCUUCUCAAUCUCCACCACGCAGCGAACAAGGUCCUGCCGCAGCACAUCAAUGUCCACACGGAGACUGCGGACAUCCAACGUGCCUGA